AUAAGGUAUAUAAGCCUCACCCGCCGGUGUUGAAAGGCCUUUCGGAGAGUGGCGGCGAGGGGAGGGUGAGAGAGAGAGGACGAAGAUGGUAUCUCUGAAACUCCAGAAGCGGCUCGCCGCGAGCGUCCUUAAGUGCGGGAGGGGAAAGGUCUGGCUUGAUCCCAAUGAAGUCAACGAGAUCUCCAUGGCCAACUCUCGCCAGAAUAUAAGAAAGCUGGUGAAGGAUGGAUUUAUCAUUAGGAAGCCCAUGAAAAUUCAUUCACGAUCUCGUGCAAGGAGGGCAUUGGAAGCAAAGAGGAAGGGACGGCAUUCUGGAUAUGGUAAGCGCAGGGGUACAAGGGAAGCUAGGCUUCCCACCAAGAUCCUCUGGAUGAGGAGGAUGCGAGUUCUGAGGCGUUUGCUGCGAAAGUACCGUGAAUCGAAGAAGAUUGACAAACAUAUGUAUCAUGACAUGUACAUGAAAGUGAAGGGUAAUGUCUUCAAGAACAAGAGGGUGCUGAUGGAGAGCAUUCACAAAUCCAAAGCUGAGAAGGCAAGAGAAAAGACUCUAUCUGACCAGUUUGAAGCGAAGCGGGCAAAGAGCAAGGCAAGCAGGGAAAGGAAGUUUGCCAGGAGAGAGGAGCGUUUGGCUCAGGGUCCUGGAGAGCGACCACCUGUUGCACCACCUGCGGCUCAACCUGCAGUGGCUCCCAAAAAGGCCAAGUGAAGAUCAACUGCAAGUAGUGCUCAAGGACAAACUAUAUUUUGAGUUGCAGGAUAGGUGUAAGUGGGAACUAAUGAAGCAUUUGCUUUUUGUCUGUUUUGUUUUUUCAAACCAUGAGUUGGUUGUUUAAAAUACUGAAAGAUUUUAGUGGAGACUUCUUUGUGGUUUCUUCGA